UGCUUGCCUUUCCUCCUCCUGGUCGGAGGAAACCGUAGGAGACAGCUACUAUUUUACGUGUGAUUUUCCUUUGAGAGGGGGAGAGCAGGAAGUGCCUAGGAAAUGGUUCAUGGCAGAAACCUGGAGUUGUAAAUAGGAGAGAGGAGGAGGAGAGCUCAUGGGUGCAGUCUGUGAGCAGUUGAAAUACUGCUACCACAGCAGCAGAGGAAAACCAGACUUCUGCGAGAGCGAGCACAUCCUAAGCCAUCCCGAUGGAAAGAGAGACAGUACCCGAGGCCGGGAGAGCAGCCAGCAAAGCCACGCGGAUCGCCCUCGGCGUCUUUGUGAGUGGCACCGUUGUGCUGGGCACCACGCUUUUCUUGGUUAGCCAAGGUCUUAUAAAUUUUCAUCCGAAGCAACAGUACUGUUUGACCUCAGAAUGCAUUGAAGCUGCUGCUGGCAUCCUAAGCAAGAUAAAUCAAUCCAUAGAUCCGUGUGAGAACUUUUAUCGAUUUGCAUGUGAUGGCUGGAUAUAUAAUCACCCUAUUCCUGAAGACAUGUCAAACUAUGGUGUUUAUCCUUGGCUGCGACACAAUGUGGACCUCAAACUAAAGGCAUUGCUUGAGAAACCCAUCAGCAAAAGACGAGACAGUGAAGCUGUACAGAAGGCCAAGACCCUUUACGCAUCCUGCAUGAAUGAGAAUAAAAUUGAAAAAGCUGAUGUGAAACCCCUGUUAAGUAUACUGAGGCAUUCACCUUUCCGCUGGCCUGUGCUGGAAUCCAACAUUGGACCUGAAGGGCUGUGGUCAGAAAGGAGGUUUAGCUUAGUCCAAGCCUUGGCAACUCUUCGUGGUCAAUACAGUAACUCUGUCUUCAUCCGUUUAUAUGUGGCUGCUGAUGACAAAAUCUCCAAUCGGUAUAUCCUGAAGCUCGACCAAGCAAGCCUCUCUCUUGCAUCUCGAGAGGAUUACCUAGAAAACACCACAGAAGCCAAAUCUUACCGAGAUGCCUUUUUGCAGUUCAUGGUUGAUACAGCAGUGCUUCUGGGCGCAAACGCUUCAAGAGCCGAAUCUGAUAUGAAGUCGGUUCUAAGACUGGAAGUUAAAAUAGCUGAGAUCAUGAUUCCAUAUGAAAAUCGAACAAGUGAGGUGAUGUACAAUAAAAUGAAUAUAUCGGAGCUUAGUGCCAUGAUUCCACAGUUUGACUGGCUGGGAUACAUCAAGAAGGUGAUUGACACCAGACUCUAUCCUGAGCUCAAAGAUAUAGGUCCUUCAGAAAAUGUGAUUGUCCGUGUUCCCCAGUACUUCAGAGAUUUAUUCAGGUUACUCGAAAAUGAAAGGAAAAAGACUCUUGCCAACUAUCUGGUGUGGAGGAUGGUUUAUUCAAGGUUAUUUAACCUCAGUAGACGUUUUCAGUAUCGAUGGCUGGAAUUUUCUCGGGUGAUCCAUGGAACCACAACUUUGCUGCCCCAGUGGGACAAAUGUGUUGACCUCGUUGAAAACGCGCUCCCUUACGUUGUGGGCAAGAUGUUUGUGAACACUCAUUUUCAAGAAGACAAGAAAGAGAUGAUGGAGGAGUUGACUGAAGGAAUUCGCUGGGCUUUUAUCGACAUGUUGGAAAAGGAAAAUGACUGGAUGGACUCUGAAACAAAAAGAAAAGCUUAUGAGAAGGCAAAAGCAGUUAUGGCAAAAGUGGGUUACCCUCAGUUUAUAAUGAAUGACACAUAUAUUAACGAAGACAUCAAAACACUGAAGUUUACAGAGAGUGACUAUUUUGGCAAUGUGUUGCAAACUCGCAAAUAUGCAGCCCAAUCUGAUUUCUACUGGCUUAGAAAAGAAGUUCCAAAAACAGAGUGGUUUACAAGCCCAACUACUGUAAAUGCUUUUUAUAGUGCGUCUACCAACCAGAUCAGAUUCCCAGCAGGAGAAUUGCAAAAGCCUUUCUUUUGGGGAACAGAGUAUCCUAGGUCAUUAAGCUACGGUGCCAUAGGAGUAAUCGUUGGCCAUGAGUUUACUCAUGGAUUUGAUAGCAAUGGUCGGAAAUAUGACAAAAAUGGAAAUUUAGACCCUUGGUGGACAACUGACUCCGAAGAAAAAUUUAAAGAGAAAACAAAAUGCAUGAUUAAUCAAUACAGCAAUUACUACUGGAAGAGAGCUGGCUUACAUGUGAAAGGCAAGAGGACGUUGGCAGAAAACAUUGCGGAUAAUGGAGGUUUGCGAGAGGCUUUCAGGGCAUACAGGAGAUGGAUUACAGAAAAGAGGGGAGGAGAAGAGGAGCCUUUACUGCCAGGCCUUGAGUUCACACACAACCAGCUUUUCUUUCUGAGUUAUGCCCAUGUAAGAUGCAACUCCUUUAGACCAGAAUCUGCGAGAGAGCAAAUAUAUAUUGGAGCUCACAGCCCUCCUCAGUUCAGAGUUAUCGGUGCCAUGAGCAACUUUGAAGAGUUCCGUAAAGCUUUCAAUUGCCCAACAAACACGACGAUGAACCGAGGGGCAGAAUCCUGCCGGCUGUGGUAGACGUCCCUUCCAGGUCUUCUGUCAAGAGGGGUCUGCAAUGUGAACUGCUGCAUCUGAGCUCGAGCCCACUGCUAGAGUUUCAGAAUAACGUUCUGCAAUCUGGAGAGGCGUUACUUCAAAUGCAUCUUCCUUAUCCACGCUGAUAACCUGCAUGGAUCUAAUCACUCUCUAUCCAGAGCCUAGAAUCUUUUGAAAUAGAAGCAGAAGAUGGGUUUUCUUUAAUAAUAAUAGUAAUAAUAAUAAAGGAACUGCUUUUAUCCUUAAAGCUACUCCUAUUCAUCUGCAGUUGCA